AUGUCUCCAAUAGUGAGAAGUCCAGAGUGUACCCCUGUGGAGUGCCAUUGCAAAGUUGCCUGUACCAACAAGACUUUGUCGCUGAUGUUUGGAUGCAAGCAGUACCAGUAUCAGGAGGACGACUCGCCACCACUUGACCAGGGCUUUCCACGUCUCACCAACGAAGUGCGGGCUCCAGAGCUCGUGCACGUGUCCGAAAAGAACCUCUCCGAGAUUGAGAACGUGCACGGAUAUGUGUCGCACUCACACAUCUCCCCUCUCAAGCCUGUGAUCAAUACAAGCGUUCAUGGUCCUGUUCAGGUGGCAGCUGUGGCUACAAUAGCCAGUCCCGCGCCCAUAAUCGUCAACACAGACACAUUGGAAUCUGUACCUUACGUCAACGGGACUGAAAUCGAAUAUGAAUUUGAGGAAAUCACUCUUGAGAGGGGGAAUUCGGGGCUUGGCUUCAGUAUCGCUGGGGGAACAGAUAAUCCUCACAUCGGAGACGACCCCGGAAUCUUCAUCACAAAGAUCAUUCCUGGAGGAGCAGCAGCUGAGGACGGGCGGCUCAGGGUAAAUGACUGCAUCCUGCGGGUAAAUGACGCUGACGUGUCUGAAGUGUCCCACAGUAAAGCCGUGGAGGCUCUGAAGGUGGCAGGCUCCAUCGUGAGGCUCUAUGUGAGGAGACGCAGGCCGAUGCUCGAGACCAUCCUCGAAAUUAAACUCGUCAAAGGACCAAAAGGGCUCGGCUUCAGUAUUGCAGGUGGAGUGGGGAACCAGCACAUUCCUGGAGAUAACAGUAUUUAUGUGACAAAGAUCAUUGAUGGAGGAGCAGCACAGAAAGACGGACGACUACAAGUUGGAGACCGGUUAUUAAUGGUGAACAACUACAGUCUGGAGGAGGUCUCUCAUGAAGAGGCCGUCGCCAUUUUGAAAAACACGUCGGACGUUGUGUAUUUAAAGGUGGGCAAACCCACCAAUGUGUACCUAUCAGAUCCCUAUGGGCCUCCUGAUAUCACACACUCAUUCUCUCCAGCCAUGGAAAACCAUAUCUCGUCCCCCAUCAACACGGGCACUCUGGAGUACAAGUCCGGCCUCCCCCCUAUCUCCCCCGGCAGUUACUCCCCACUCCCUAAGCACUUACUCGGGGAAGAGGAUAUAAACAGAGAGCCACGGAAGGUGGUACUGCACAAAGGCUCCACCGGCCUGGGAUUCAACAUCGUGGGCGGAGAGGACGGAGAGGGCAUCUUUGUGUCGUUCAUCUUGGCUGGAGGACCGGCCGACCUGAGCGGGGAGCUGCGGAGAGGAGACCAGAUCUUAUCUGUGAAUGGCAUUGAUCUGCGAGGAGCCACUCAUGAGCAGGCAGCAGCAGCUCUCAAAGGAGCAGGGCAGGUGGUCACUAUCAUCGCCCAGUACAGACCAGAGGAAUAUGGACGCUUCGAGGCCAAGAUCCACGACCUGCGGGAACAGAUGAUGAAUCACAGUAUGAGCUCGGGGUCUGGAUCGCUCAGGACCAAUCAGAAGAGGUCUCUCUACGUGAGGGCCUUGUUUGACUAUGAGAAGGCCAAAGACAGUGGGCUGCCUAGUCAAGGCCUAAGCUUCAGGUAUGGAGACAUCCUCCACGUGAUCAACGCCUCUGAUGACGAGUGGUGGCAGGCCCGGCGCGUCACACCACACGGAGACAGCGAGGAGAUGGGCGUCAUCCCCAGCAAGAGGAGGGUGGAGAGGAAAGAGCGGGCACGACUAAAGACUGUGAAAUUCAACGCCAAGCCGGGCUCAUUCGAUUCAAAAGGGCCACUAAAUGAUAAACGUAAAAAGAAUUUCAUCUUCACACGAAAGUUCCCAUUCUACAAGAACAAGGACAGUGAUCAGGAUGGGAGUGAUUCUGACAGGAGUCAAGAAGAUGUCAUUCUUUCGUAUGAAUCUGUCAUGAGGCAAGAAAUUAGUUACGCCCGACCUGUGAUCAUCCUGGGACCGAUGAAGGACCGAAUCAAUGACGAUCUCAUCUCAGAGUUUCCAGAAAAGUUUGGUUCCUGUGUCCCACAUACGACUCGACCAAAGCGGGAUUAUGAAGUGGACGGGCGCGACUACCACUUUGUGAUGUCACGAGAGCAGAUGGAGAAGGACAUCCAAGAGCACAAGUUCAUCGAGGCGGGACAGUACAAUGACAAUCUGUACGGCACCAGCGUGCAGUCUGUCAGAUACGUGGCCGAGAGGGGUAAACACUGUAUUCUCGAUGUCUCUGGAAACGCCAUCAAGCGGCUGCAAGUAGCACAACUGUAUCCUGUGGCCAUCUUCAUCAAACCCAGAUCUGUAGAUUCAUUAAUGGACAUGAAUAAGAGACUGACAGAGGAACAAGCCAAGAAGACGUUUGACCGAGCGCUGAAGUUGGAGCAGGAGUUUGGAGAAUUCUUCACAGCGCUGGUUCAAGGUGACACUUUAGAAGAAAUUUAUAAUCAGUGUAAACAGGUCAUAGAGGAAAACGCAGGCCCCUACAUCUGGAUCCCUUCGAAGGAGAAGCUAUAACUGACCCUGCACCACUGGACUCUGCUAGACCCUAGUAAUAAGUUGUAACAUAUGAUACUGUAUGGAAAUAGGCUUCAUACACACCUCUUGUGAAUAUGUUAAUUUAAUUUUUUUAUUUCAUUUUCUUUUAUUUGUUAUUGCUUUGUUGUUGUUGUUUUUUUCACACGCAACAUGAAUGUUCCUGAAUGUACACCACAAAGUGUUUUAGGAUCUUAGGUACAUUUGUAUGAAUAUCUGUUGCUUUUUAUUUUUAUUGAAAAUUGUCACACGCUUGCUGUACCUGUGUUAAACCACAAGGGGGCGGCGCGCACAUGGACAUUUUGCACAGUGACAAAAAGUUGCGUCUGCAUUUGUGCUUCUCCUGACAUUGCUCGUUAUGUUAUUAUAUUGUUUACAUAAUUA